AUGCCGCCGGGGGAAGCAGAGAAGAUGCUGAGAAGGGAACUGGGCCGAGAUUGGCGGCAACACUUUCUGGAGUUCGAUAUGAAUCCAUUUGCUGCUGCUAGCAUUGGGCAGGUCCACCGGGCUGUUUUAAAGACGGGCGAAGAAGUGGCAGUCAAAAUUCAGUUUCCAGGAAUUGCUGCGUCGAUAACGUCGGACGUGAAGAAUUUGCUGCUGCUGCUGCAGCUGUCGCUGCUGCUGCCGUCUUCUUUCUUUCUGGACCGGCUGUCGCAGCAGCUGCAGCAGGAGCUGCUGUCGGAAUGCAAUUAUUUAAAUGAAGCAAAUUUCCAUUUGCUGUUUUCCUUUUUGCUGCAACGAGACUUCCCCAGACACCUCAGGCUUCCCCAGCUGUACAGACACCUCACCACCCAACGUGUCAUCACCACCCAGUUCGUUCGCGCCGUGCCUUUCGCUGUUGCAGCCCAAACUGCUUCACAAGAAGAUAGAAACAAAAUGGGGGAGCUGCUGCUGCGCCUGGUGCUUCGAGAAAUAUUCAUCUACCGCCUCAUCAACACCGAUGCGAACCCAGCGAACUUCAUGUGGGAUGGCGACGCGCGUUGCCUGUGGCUGCUGGACUUCGGCGCGGGCCGCUCUUAUUCGGCGGAGUUCGUGGAGGAUUAUUGGCGGCUGCUACAGGCUGCAGUUAUUGACGACCGCCAGCAGCUGCAGCAGCAGGCGCGGCGGCUGGGCUUUAUUUCUGCUGUCGAUACACCUGAAUUCGUCGAAGCCCAGUGCUGCUUCUUUUCCAUUCUUGCUUCUCCAUUUAAACCAACUCUGUUUAGAGAUAUUUGUAAGGAGCUUGAGGACAGAAGUGCAGCGGCUGCAGCAGCAGCAGCAGCAGCACCUCCAGCAGCAGCAGCAGCAGCAGCAGCACCUCCAGCAGCAGCAGCAGCAGCAGCAAGCUAG